CUUCCUCUUCUUGCUACAACACAUUUACGCCCUUCAGUAUGGACUUCUCGGCAGCUGCGUUUGAUCCUAAAGCUAUCGAUCCUGAGGUCAAUGCCCUCAAUGAUAAAUUGAUUCAGCUUUGCCAACGAGAAUUUGACGAGAAACAGAAAUGGUGGGACAUUGGUGCUCAGGAGUACCGAGACAAACGCGCCGCUGGGCUCACUGCGUUUCCCAAGCCGGUCAUUUUGGAGCAUCGCGAGGUACAGGUGCAGUCGAGAGACUCUGGCAGGACCAUUCCUGUUCGUGUCAUCUCUCCUGGCGACGAGGCAGCAGCCAAGGGCAUCUUCAUUCACAUUCAUGGAGGUGGUUGGGUUCUAUCUUCCUCAGAGAGUCAAGAUCCGUACUUGACACGACUCGCAAAGGGGACGUCUUGCUUGGUGCUAUCAAUUGAGUACAGGCUUGCACCAGAGCACCCUAGCCCGAGUCCUGAGAAUGACUGCUAUGAUGUGUACGAAGCAAUUCUCAAUGGAACUGAUGGCAUCCUACCUUCAGAUAGUGCGGCGAGGAAGCGGAUCUUUGCUGGUGGAGAGUCUGCUGGAGGACAUUUGACUAUGGUGACGGCACUGGCCAUUAAAGCAAAGCUUGGAAAGUCGUUGAAUGGGCUAGUCCUCAACUACGGUGCUUUUGAUCUUUCGUUCGUUAUCCUUUGAUUGUCUCCUUGCUAACAUGAAAGAGGCACGCCAUCCGUUAAGAACUCUACUGUGCCUCUCGUGCUCAAUAACGACGACAUCACUGCCUUUGCCAAAGCGUACCUGCCAAAUGCCAAGA